AGAAGAAGGACUGCCUUUAAACGUAGAGACAAACACCUUAAUCAAAAAGUACAAUUGAACGAAUACUCUUUCUACGUGGAUAGUCUUUAGUGGAAUCUCAUAAUUACAAGUAGUGGACUUAACAACACAUUUUGGUGUCAGACGACCGACCGAAAACACCCACUUUUGCAAUCACCAGACGUCUCUGGCGGUUGAUGUUUAAAUCUCUCCGUGCUUUUCAUGAUUCAAGACUAAACUUUCCGUGUGACGGAAAUUUGGUGCAAAACGGAGAUAAAAUGACCCUCAAGUCAAAGGCUCCAUGUUUCAAAUCCAAGUUUAUCACUGCGGAGCUGGCUCACCUGUUCAGCCAGUCAGACAGUGAGGAGGAGUUUGAAGGUUUCAGUGAGGAUGAGGAAGAAGAAGAAGACAGAGGGUGUUUUAACAAACGGCUAAAGAACAAGGUGGUGGAUUCAGAGGAGGAUAGCGACGGGGACACAGGAUUCUACUCUGAUGGCGAAGAGGCCCCACCAUCAAAAAGGAGGAGUCUUUUAGUAGCCUUGAGGUUCCCAGUCAAAAGGCUCUCUACCCCCAAAAAGGAACCACAAGAGAAAAUAAUCAAAAAGCCAGUCAAAGAAACUCGUCCUUCACAGAGAGCCAGCAAAAGGCAGAGGACAAAGCAGCAGCAGCAGCAGCAGGAUGGGGAAGAGGAGGAGGAGGAGGAGGAGGAGGAGGAGGAGGAGGUGGAGGAAGACAAAGACAAGGUCCUGUCUCAGAGCCUCAGGAAACGAGACAAGAACAUUAAGGAAAACAAGGCCAUGCUUGCUAAGCUGUUUGCUGAUCUGAGCAGCAUGGCUGACCUGACUCUGCCCUCCACACCUCAAGUGAGUAAGAAGAAGCGAGUGUCGGAGAAGUCAACGCCUCGGAAACGCAAGUUUGAACCAGAGGCUGGGUCAGAGAGGAGGAACCCGUCCCGUAAGGCUCGUCCUCCUGAGAACUUUGCGGUGGAGGAAAAGAGCGAGCCGCUCACCUGCAGAAGCCCCAAGACUGUAGAUAUCAGGAGGCUGGUGGAGGUGGACAAGGAGCAUGCCGGUGAGAGACGGAGGAGGACGACGAGGGUCAGGAAGAGCCAGUAUGAUGUGAGGUCGGUCGACGAGAUCACCAAAGAAGACCUGGACAACAUAGCGUACCGCAGCAAAGACAAGAUCUGGGACAAGGAGAAUGGCAGCUCGUGUCACCAGUGCAGACAGAAGACUGUGGACACAAAGACAGUGUGUCGCAGUGGUUUCUGUGUGGGGGCCAAAGGUCAGUUCUGCGGGCCCUGCUUGAAGAACCGCUAUGGAGAGGACGUUCGCACUGUGCUGCUCGACCCGACUUGGUCGUGUCCUCUCUGCCGUGGGAUGUGUAACUGCAGUCUGUGUCGUAAGAAGGAGGGCCGCUGUGCUACAGGCAUCCUGGUGGGAUUGGCCCGCUACAACGGCCAUGACAACGUCCAUGAGUAUCUGGAGAGCAUUCAGAAGGAGCUGCAGUAACGUCCAGAGAGAGACCGGGAGCUCGUACAGCUGCUACCUGCAGACGCUCGGGCUGCACAGUACUGUAGAACUCAUUUUAAUGCACAUUUGUAGGUUUAGAUGGACCUUCUUUUUUUUUCUAACUAGAGAAACAAUCAAAAAGUUGUUUUCUAUUGUCACCUUAACACAAGGCACAUCCCCUGUUUAUAUGUUCUAUAUACUAUGAUUUAAGGCUGCAUACUCUGCAGGCAUGUUUUUUAUUGUCUUGAAGUCAGAACUCGGCUCUGAGUUGUACAUGUUCAUUUCUACCUUCUGAUGUUCUCUAUAGCCAGUGGAAUGUUUGGUUACUUUCUGUUACGGAUGCAAAAAGAGCCUUUUAUACCAACUGCCUUUUCUAACAAGUGAGUAACUUUGCAGCUUUCUUGUCAGUCCACUGUAAAGUUGAAUAAAGAAUGGCAUUAUCUCAAUGA